GCGGCUGGGCGCUGUCGCUGUGCGCUAUGGCCUACCAGGGCUUCGCGCAGGAGUACCUGGGCAUGCCGGCCGUGACGCGGGCCUACACCACCGCCUGCGUGCUCACCACCGCCGCCGUGCAGCUGGAGUUCAUCACCCCCUUCCAGCUGUACUUCAACCCCGACCUCAUCUUCAGGAAGUUCCAGAUAUGGAGGCUGAUCACCAACUUCCUCUUUUUUGGGCCCCUGGGAUUCAGUUUCUUUUUCAACAUGAUAUUUCUGUACAGGUACUGCCGCAUGCUAGAAGAAGGCUCCUUCCGUGGAAGGACGGCUGACUUUGUCUUCAUGUUCCUCUUUGGAGGGUUUCUCAUGACACUAUUUGGACUCUUUGCCAGCCUGUUUUUCCUGGGCCAGGCUUUCACCAUCAUGCUGGUGUACGUGUGGAGUCGCAGGAACCCAUACAUCCGCAUGAACUUCUUUGGGCUUCUUAACUUCCAGGCCCCCUUCUUGCCCUGGGUCCUGAUGGGAUUCUCUCUGCUCCUGGGCAACUCCAUCAUCAUCGACUUACUGGGGAUUGCAGUGGGUCACAUCUAUUAUUUCUUGGAAGAUGUUUUCCCCAACCAGCCUGGAGGAAAGAAGUUGCUGUUAACCCCUGGCUUCCUGAAGAUGGUAUUUGACACACCUGAAGAGGAUCCCAACUAUAACCCUCUCCCUGAGGAUCGUCCAGAAAACCAACCUAGAGACCAAGACCAGAACCAGCAGCAGCAUCCACAGUAACACAAGGGACUUCUCCAUGUGGCCAGAUUCCUCUCUUCCGGCUGGACUUAUGCUGUGGCCCAGAGAUCCUACUGGAAUAACACCAGUUGCCAUUCCAAUGUGUAAUGUUUCACUGUUUGUAUGGGUAACCCAUCUUCCUUUUUUAUCAAGUGGUUCCACAGAGCUUUGCACAUAAGAACACAUGAAUGCUUACGGAGGUGUCCUAGGGACAGGGACUGGAAGUUGUGAUGGCUCCUCAGUUACCCGGGGGGGGAAUAAGUAUCAAAUGAGGUGUUAAACCAGUUACUCCUUCUCUUGCUGUUAAUGACUUGCUGUGUGCCAGGUCACUCUUGUCCUCUGUACAAAGACUAAUGCUCCUGGCUCUCACUGUUGUGAGACAUCUUUGUGGGCUUUCAAUGAAGUAGUACUCCCAACUCUACCAUGGUAGAAUGCAGCUCAGCCUCUUCCUUUCUUCUAAGUCCCCCACUCCUUUUUUUGGUUGUUUCCAAAGAGUCUUUACAUUAAAGUCUUUAUUUUUCA